AGAGUAGCAAAAUUAGACUUUCAAAUUAAUUGUUAUAAUAGCAGUGGAGUUGAUAAAGUUUUACGAUUGAUAAGAUUAGUACAACAAAUCGGUAUGAACUCUUUGCUCGGUGAGAUUGGUACGACCCUGUAUGGGCAGUGGUCAAGCAAUUGUAGUAUUUUCCUUGUUGAUUUGCUGAGUUGGUUUUGCUUUAUUGGAUGCUGUUAAAAAAGGCCCUUCGUCUAUCUAUCAUGUCGUGUAUAAAAUAAAUCCGAGCAAGCUUUUCUUUAUCAGAUUCAAUUUUAGGAAACUAAAAUGGCAGCCAUUCUCUCGCGCAGACUGCUCAAACGCUCUUCAUUUUCUUUGUUCAAUUCUAAUUUUAACUACUUAAAUUCCACUUUCUCGCACCAAAAACCCUUAAACCCUAGCUUCAAUGUCCCCAAUUUCAUUUCUACUUUUUCUAGUCCUGUCAAUCAACAACAAAAUCCCAUCUCAAUUUCACCGUAUUUCAGUAAUCCCAACUCUCUCGUCUCUUUUUUGAUAUCAUCUAAAAACCCUAGGUUUUUUUCAACCUCUGAUCCUGAGAAACCCCAGGAGAACCGGAGUGAGUACCCCAGUCAAAACCCUGAUUUCAAGCACCAAGAAAUAGAAGGACCGACUGUUGAACGUGAUUUAUCAGCUUUAGCGAAUGAGACCAGAGAAAUUCUUGAAGAAAUGAUGAGGAAAAUAUAUAGUCUUAGCAGAGUUGUUGCUGUUCUGGGUCUGUUUCAAUUAGGUAUAGGAGCUUGGAUUUCGUACCUUACACGAUCAUCACCGAUGAUGGAGGCUUCGAUACAGAGUUUUGUGGCAUUUGGGUUUCCGUUUACGUUGGCGUUUAUGUUGAGACGAUCUUUGAAGCCAAUGUAUUUCUUUAAGAAGAUGGAGGAGCAAGGCAGGUUGCAGAUUCUUACUUUAACUCUUCAGGUCUUUAAGAACUUGAAUAUGUUCUUUGUUCGGCUUCAUGGGGUUUGUUACUUGUGCAUUGCAGGAAUGUCUUUUGGAUUAGUGUUCAGUGUGUUGUCUAAUUGACUUCGAUUUUGUCUUGAUUGUUGACGAUUUUAUAUGCCUUUUUGGAUCUCUUUGAGGAGUUGCAUAUGAUUAUGUGUGCCUCUUGGCUUUUACUUAAUAAACAACAACUUUUGCUUUAA